UGGGUUCAUCUAGAGGGACGCCGCUCCUGCACAUGCCUGGUCCUGAAAUCCUACCAGAACCUGACCUUGAUCCAAAACCUGAUCUUGAGCCAGGUCUGGACCAGAACCGGACCAGAAUCCUCCAGGAGCAGCAGCAGCUCGGUUCUGCUCUCACUUCCUGCUUGGUUCACUUUGGCUCCACUUUGAGUCGGAUCUGCAGCGAUUCGCGUCGACCAACAACUCUCAGAUCAGCGCGGAGAGGGGCGGAGCCAGCUUUCGCACCAUGUUGCCCUGGGUGACGAUCCUGAUUGUGAUGAUGAUGAUGAAGAGAAACACUGUCUCUGCUGACAUUACCAACGUAACUAGAAUCAGCGGCGAGAGCCUCAAGCUGUCGCCUGACAUCAGAAGAGGGCGUAUGGGGACUGAACUGCUAUUCAGGUGGACCCACCCCCACCUGCUGCUGGACAACCGGAAAACUAAAUGUCACCACGGCCGCUGUGAGCUGCUGGAGGAUGGGUCGCUGAGCUUCAGCAGAGUCCAGUCAGAGGACUCUGGAGUGUACAGGCUGGAGGUCUACAACCAACAGGGGCGUAGGCAACACCACCAGCUGUUCCACUUGCAGGUGGAACACCUGAAAGAGGAAGAAAGCAGCCAGUCCUGGAAGACCGCCAUAGUCUGCUCACUCCUCCUGCUGCUAAUCCUGCUGCUCCUCAUCAUCUCCUUCCUCCUGUGGAAGAGGAAGCUUCUCAGGUCCAGGACUUCAGGUGCAGCAGCAGGUGAAAGGGAGACCCAGAUCUACAUGGAGAUGCGUGGUAACCAUGGCGACAAGGACCAAGAGGAGGGGGAAAAGAAGGAGGAAGAAGCUAUUUAUGGUCCGGCCUGGUUCCUGUCAGACAGAGCCAGGUCCGUUCCAGCUUUUUCUGCUUGGUUCUGCUUCAUGGACUCAAGACCAGAACUGGAUAAGGACUCUGAUCAUAAACCAGCUCCAGGUCCAAAUGAUCCCAGAGUCCUGAAGGUCCUGGAGGCCCGCCCUGUGACCCAGGAGAAGGUUCUGGUGAUGUUACACAUCCAAACCAGCUCAUCAUCAGGCCACAGGAAACCGGUGGAGAUCUGAUUUCCGGAACAGGAAGUGGUUUUAGAAUAAAGGUCACCAGAACUGUUGUCACAGUGAUACAUCUCAAAGAUGACUUGUUAACUUGAGGAAGUGACCUGGAACUCAGAGCUUCACCUGGUGCCAGAGAUCCUAUUCCAGUCAUGAUAUUACAUUAAAGUACUAUG